UAAAGAUUGAUUGAAGUCCACCCAGUGAUGUAGUAUAAUAGGUACGGAGAUUACAAAAAUGAAGACGUCGGUACCAGCAUUGCUAAUGAUCAUAGUUUAUUUUGGUGUAAACAUUAAAGGACAAUGCAUACCAAAUCCGAAUGUCACUCCAGGACCAAAUGAUCCAGCAUUUCCAACAUUGCCCGACGCGUUUUCCACACGAUUAGAAUCAAACUUGAAGGAAUUGAGUGAAACUAUAACUGCAGAGAUAUACUAUGAUUAUGGUAAAAAUUUUGCAACAGUUAAACAGACAUCAAAUGGAGGUCAGACUACGACAUUGCUUGAUUAUAACAAUAAUCAGAUGUUGACAGUAGAUACAUUUCAGCAUUGUGAAGUCCAGAACUUAAGCUCAAACCUGGAUACGGUAAUAUUUGGUACUCCAGCAAAAAGCGGCGUUGUUCCUCAUAUCCUUACAACGAAUGGUGUGUUGCACUUUAUGAAACAGAGUGGACAGGUUUACAAACAGCAGGAGUUUGUCCGAGGUAUAAAUACUGAUCAUUGGUCAACUUGCUUGGUGUGGAAAGAAUUAAACUCAACAUUUACACUGGAUUAUUUCUUUGCUGCUGGUAAUUGGAAAACACCAAUCGCAUUUCCGCAAAUACCGGUCAGGGCGAUCGCCACUGGACAACAAAUUUUACCAAAUGGAACCCGCCACCAGUUUCAACAUUACUAUGACUAUGUAGACUUCAGAUUAGAUAUUAGCGACUAUUCUGUCUUUGAGACUCCAAAAGGUGUAUAUUGUCCUGGGCGAAAUAAUACACGACCCGUACCAAAGCCAAGUUCUUCCUUUCACUACAAGGCAGAGGUUAUUUACCCAGAAUCCAUGGCAAUCACCUCAAUAGAUAUAUGGUACGAUAGUGAGCUGAACCUUAUGAGAAUGGAUUACAGACCAACGACAUCUUCGAGAACAACGUACAAUUCAGAUUCAUUUAGUGAAGUCCAUGACUUCACAACAGGAAUAAAGUAUUUAACUGACAAGACCAGAGGAAAUUGUACGAUUUCACAGAUUACAAGCGCUUCUGAAGAUGGUCAUAAGGGACCAUUUGGCGAACAACUAAAGAAUGCAAGCCAGUUUUUAUUUUUAGAUGCUAAUUAUCAAUUUACAGGAAAGAGAAUGUCUAGGGGUGUUCCCUGUGAUGUUUUUACAGCAAGGAGAUUAUUUCCAUAUAAUGGAGUCUGGUACAACAGUACACUCAACUAUUACUUUUUAACGGACGGAUAUAAAGAAUAUCCAUCAGAUGGUUCAACAUCACCAACAGAUAUACCAUUUUCAUUAGAAGUUACCCUAGAUGUGCCGGAUAUGGACCCUUUGAAUAUUUUAGUUAAUUUUUUGAACUUUGAUACUGGGAAGAGGUCCGUUUCAGAGUUUGACAUUUCUUCUUGCUACAGGAACAUGUCAAGCCUUACAUUUCAACUGCUAUUACCAGGGCCUUUUAGAGAGCAAGAUACAGACCUACUACUACUACAAGCACAGAGAAUACUACCAGCUAUUAUGAAUAUAACCAGUAUAAGACUACAGAAUGUUAGAGUAAACUAUGAUUCUUCAUCGGUAUAUCUUACCUGCACAGUUACCAAUAUUGCUCCUGAUUAUGUAAAAUUUUCUCAAGCUACUACAGUCACAAGGCCAUCAUCUUACGUGAUAUCAUCAAAGGACGUCAAACAAAGCUACGACUUUACUGAUACAUGGCAAGAUUGUGCAACAUACUGUUCACAGAGUUAUGGUUUCAUCUGUAAUAGUUUUGAUUUCUGCAAAGCACCAUUCAUGUCCGGUUGUAAGCUUUAUGCAGACAGACGCUCAGACAUACAAACAUAUUUAAAGACUCAUACAUCACCUUGUUUCAACUAUACAGUGUACCAGAGAACAGUGAAUGGCUUGUCAAACCAAGAAACUGCUGUUGCUGAUGCAUAUGGAUAUUUACAAGAUGCCAUCAACCAGAAAAGCGUUCAUCUACAAACAUAUGGACAAUUGGGGUUUGUUACAGACUACUACGGUGUUUCAACUAAAAUAGUUUCAGGAUUGCUUGAAUAUGAUGAUAUGCCAUCAAUGAGUGGCCACUUUUCUUACCGAGAUGAAGUAACCUUUCCAGGAUCCAAACAUACAUAUGGAAGUGAUAUAUGGUAUGACACUAACUUCAAUCUUGUCCGGUAUGACAUUGUCCGAACAGGGGCACCGUAUUACAGCAAUAGUCCCUUGCAACACAUCCAUGAUUAUAAUGCAGGUGUCGCUUAUGUGAUUGAUACAGGGAUGCAAAAUUGUACCAUCCAACCUAUAUCAAAGAAUUUCCUUGACAAAAAGAAAAAUGGAUCUUACCACAUGCUUAAUCCACUGGAUCUCUUUCAUAUGAACAAGAGUUAUAAGUUUAUUGGGCAGAAAACUGUGCGCGGAAUGACAUGUAAUAUAUUUGAAGCUACCGUCAAUGAUUUUAAGUUAGAUUUGGCAGACCCACAACAGUUCGACAGUACAUUUCAAUAUUACUUUCUGAAGGAUGAUUGGGCGACAAAUUCUGAUUCAGGAUCGGAACUGACUCAUGCUCAGCCAAUAAGACUGGAUAUUUUUUCUGUCACGAAAGGGUUAUACCUUACAUACAACUAUUUCGAUUGGAAUGACAAUGAUCCUGAUCUGAACAAUUUCAAUAUUGUACCAUGUUAUACUGGCGAUCAGCAAAAACAUGUUGUCAUCGUUUUUUCAGGACAAUAUUUUCCAUAUCUUGUCUCCAACAGUAAACUUUUCAAGUUAAAGGUUCUCAAUCAAUUAGGACAGAUGACCAAUGCAUCACUCAUCCGAUUCCAGCAACUUGAGGUUGAUUACGGUCUCACUCGUGUUUAUGUCAUCAUGACAAUAGUAGAUGCAGCUCAACAAUAUGACGGAGCUUCUUAUCGCCCAGAACCCGACAUAGAUACUAUUAUUGAGACAAUCAAUGAUAACGUUUACGGAGGAUUAUUGAGAAUAACAAUUCCACAGACGGAUGGAUCAAUAUAUAUGUUUAAUGCUACAGCAGUCGUUGACAAUAUAUUAAGAAACGAUGGAAAACCAUUGUCAAGCAAAACAUUAAGUCACUUUAAGGCAAUGAAAGAUAAAUCUCAGAAAGGAUUAACAGGUUUUCUUACUGGAAUCUCAGUAGAUGAUUGUGCAGAGUCGUGUUUAACAGAGUUAGAAUUUGAUUGCUACUCAUUUGUUUACUGUUAUAAAACGGGCGUGUGUUUGUUGGCUAGCACAUAUGCACAGAACAGGACAGAUUUGAUAUAUGAUAGACCCAAGUGUGAUCUAUAUUAUAGGUCUUAUUUGGACAAAUUCACCGCCGUACCUGGACAGACGUCUACUAUUUCUUCUACACAAACAACAAUAACAGCCACAGCAGAGGCUUGUGCUCAGAAAUGCAUUUUCUCAUCCAGCUGCAAAUCCUUCGUUUACUGUAUGAUUUCUCAGUCGUGUUCUCUACUGCAGGCACAUCAUCUUAAUAUUCCAAAGAACGGCAGUAAUAUUGAUUCAAUGUGCUCAUUUUAUAGUCGAAGCUAUGUAAAUGACUUUAAGCGUAAAGCUAGGUCAACGGUAAAAGUUACUCCACAAAUGCUCGACAUACAAGCAGUUUCUGUUGACCAGUGUGCUCAGCUAUGUAUCCAGACUGAGUCGUUUACUUGUAACUCAUUUUCUUUCUGUGGCAAUGAUACGACCUGUAGAUUAACCCCGGCCCAUCCUGUCACAGGACUGAGAGUCAUAGCAACAGAUUAUUGUGACCUAUAUACAAGAACUUAUUACUCAAAUGCUCCUGCUAAACAAAAACAGUCACAGUCAAGCACCAAAGGAGUUUCGUCGGGUGCUGCUGCUGGAAUAGGAUUAGGAUUAUUAUUGGUAGGAGUGAUAGUUGGUGGAGGACUUAUUAUAAUUUUAUCAAAGAAAAGAAAGUUACCUCCAGUAGAAAUAUUCAAUAUGAACUAUACAGAAUCGAAAGAUGAUACUCAAUGAUAAAGACUGUAAAAACGUUUUACUCCACUUCUUUAUCCAGAUAUUAGUACAAUUAUCUGUGCAAUAAGUUGACAGUUGUUGUGUUUUUUUUGGGGGGAGGGGGUCAUAUUGUCACAUUGUGUAUGCUGAGAACCAUAUUUUAUGUUUAUGUAUACUGAUAUUGAUUUUUUUACUUACUCUUGACUGAAGUAUCAUCGUAUGGACAUUAAUAUUAUUUAUUAUUUUGUUUGAAAUCAUUAUAAUCAUAUUCAUUUAGAUCCCUUUGUUUUGACUCAUGUAACUAAAGAGGAAUUAUAUUACAUACAUUUUUAUAA